ACUAACUAAUUGAAAAAUCAAUUAUUCUAAUUUAAACUAAUGCACUGUGGCAAAUAAUUGACAAGGUAUCAAAAAGGAAUAUGUCUGAGGAAGAUGAUGUUUUUGAUGAUGAAAUUGAUCCAAGAAUAAAGGGAGAGCUUGACACUCUUAAUCAGUCUACUGAUGAAAUAAAUAAGUUGGAAACAGAGCUGAAUGAAUAUCGAGAAAAGUUCAAGGCAUCUCUCGCUAGUGCGACACAACAGCUGCAAAAAUUAACGAAAAAAUAUGGCAAAUCUAUUGAACGAGCGAGACCGUAUUAUGAAACCAAGGCACAAGUUUCUCAGGCGCAGUUAGCACUUCAAAGAGCUGUUCAUAAUUUUCAACGAGCAAAUGGAGUUUAUCGAGCAGCAAAAGAAACAAUCGCUUUAGCGGAAAGUCGCUUGAGCGAACUCGACGAUAAAAAAGUCGAUAUGGCUUGGCAAGAAAUGUUAAAUCUUCAAACUAUAAGAUUUAUGGAUGCUGAGAGGGACAGAACUCGAAGCGAAAGUCUUCAUCAACGAGCGACCAAAAGAUUUCAAUUCCUCGACGGCAAGCUACAAGCACAUCAUAGAAAACAUAAAAAUUCAACAAAGAAAACAAAACCUUACUUUGAGUUGAAAGAACUGCUUGAAGUUGAUUUGCAAAAAAAGCGACAAAAAGUCGACGAAUUGGGACGUAAAGUAGACUCAGCCAAGAAACGAUAUAGAACUGCGCUUGAUAGUCUAGAAAAAAUAUCAUCGGAAAUCCACGAAAAAAGAAGACAGAAUAAAUCUGCUGAUGCACUUGAAAUGGGAAUAGAUGAACAUGGAGAUAAAUUAUUCAGCAAUCCAAUGGAGCUUGACCUGGUCGGACGAAAAACUUACGAUGACAUAGAUCAACUAGAAGCAGAACUAGAUGAAUUUAGCAUAGAUGAUGAAGAUGAUGUUUUAUUCUCUUCUGGAAGUGAAUCAGAAGACGAUGUUGUAGAAAGUACACCAACAUCUAAACAAAAAAAUUCCGAACUGAAACGUGCAAACACAUCUCUUGGAUUUUAUCCAAGUCCGCAAAUAACCAGAAAAAAGCAUACUCGAUCCGCAUUGAAACGUCCACCUCCAAGCAUUCAACGUUCCAUCUCAGUGAAUGUCAAGGCAAAAGAAUGUGGCUCAAAACUACUUAAUGAUUUGAAAGAAGGCGAGGAAUCAUUCAUUCAAGUUACUAACGACAUGUCAGAUAUCAAAUCAAUAGAAGAAGAAAAAGGUAACUCUAAUGAACUCGUCAAAAGCCACGAUGCAACAACAACAAACUCUGAUAGCGGAGAACUAGAUGAAGCGACUUACAGGAGACUUCAUGGAACUAACAUAAACCAGGAAAAAAUAACUGCAAAGCAUCCAAAAAAGCAUCUGGAAGCUCCUGACGAUUUUGAUAUUUUCGAUGAACUUUGUUGACGCUGGCAAAGCAAGCUAAUGAACAAUCAAACAUAUCAGAUACCCACUAAUUCAGAAUAAGAGCGCAGAGGUAAACUGCCUGAUUACUAAACUAUGUUAUCAACAAUCGACGAUCCUUCAUGUCGGGCGCGGUCAGUGAGUUCGGCAAUCGCUUUUUAAAUGUACCAGACGAAACAUUUUCUAAAAUGAAACCUGUUACGUUUGUUAUCGUUUCAACAAUAACUCAAUGUAUCUGUGAUGAAUUUCCCUUUUUUGAAUUGCAGUUGUAAAAUAUAUCAAAACUUUUGUUAGAAUUGAAUACAUAAGGUGAUGUUUAGAAUUUGGGUUGACAAACAUGGUGAAGCAAAUCAUCAAAUUGACAACGAUUAAUUUUUUUAGUUGUUUAGGGUGCAGUGAACCUAUACAUACUAUCUUCAGACAGGCAAUUUACAACAAUGAUUUAUUGUGUUUAAAUAUAAAACUUGUUUGUCUAGAAAAUAUGACGUCAUCGGUAUUGUUAUGUCAUUCUCAGGUGGCAAAUGUGAUCGUAAUUUCGAAUUUAUUCAACCUAAAAUAUUUUAUGUUAAUUUCUUAUGUAUAUUGGAUGAUGUUAUUGAAUUGAAUGUACACUUAAUGUCAUGGAUAUUAUUUUUCUCGUAGAAUUGGAUAAAAACAAUCACGUCAUUUAACUCUGGAAUGAGGUAUCAAAGUGGCAAUUUGCUCUUGGAUAAAUAUAAACGUAUGAACGCAUUUACAAACGGUCAUUUUUGGCCACAAUAUUCAAUAUUUCAUCUAAUUGUUUUCAUGUGCUGUAAGAAUCUGCUAUGGGGUUUUUCCGUAUAUUUGUUGAGUUGCUUUUAUUUUAAUACUUAUUUUAGUGCAAUAAAAAGUGCAAUAAAAAUAUUUGUAAUUGUGCAAUAUUUGCAAAUUACCUCAGUGUUAAAUUAUGUACGUGACUCUUUAAUCUAAAUAAAGUUUUUUAUUUACUCCAAAGUGUGUUGAGACUUUUUUCUUGUUUAACAAAUACUCAAAUGGUGUCCGUUUAUGUAUUAGUCUGCGUACUGAUUCCCGUUUCUGUAAUAUACAAUUUGUAGAAAAAAAAAUCGACUAAUUGAAAUGAUGCAAAAAUACCGAUACGUAUAUAAUAUUGCAGCAAUAGGAGCUUUAAUCAGUAUUUUUAUCUAACAGCAAAUUUUAUUAUUCUGACGAUUCGGAAAAAAAAAAAUAGUCAAUAAAAACAAAUAUAGUUCAAUAAAAACAACUUUACUUGUUCUCAAUGACAUUUUUCAAAUGGCAUAAAUUUGACCUUCAAAAGUCCCUACUAUAAAUCACAUAUUAGCGUCAAGGCACGAAAAUGACACCUUGGUUUCGGUAGCUUAAUAUUCUAAAUUAUGCAUGCACUUCAAAUAAUAUCACAAAUUUACUUGCAAUAUACAGUAACACAAUUUCUUAAUAAACAAAAAACAAACGCAUUGUUCAUUUUUCAGUAUCAAUUGUUAUUAAAGCUCGCCUCAAUGAGUAAUGACAAUAUGAAA